CUUUGCUAAAUUGGGCCGUCCUGUGACAUACUGGUAUCUUGUCCUGCGCUAGGCCCCCGGCCCCCCAUCACCCUGUACUGAAUAAGUGUUUGCAGGACAGAUGGGUGAAUAAAUAUGGACAUUCACUUGAAAAAUAUUUCGUCUUAAUUAGUGACUUUGAUCAUUUAAAUGUAAAGAUGUAAUGGCUGACGGGGUAAGUAUCGUUUUAGAGUGCAUGUAAGUAUUAUGUCUUUCCAUACAUUUUAGUACAAAAUAGGCAUGUACUUUUACGGCUUUAGAGAUCAGAUAAAAGCGUUGUUGACCCGAAUUGCCCUUAGUAUGAAGGAAAUUCCCUCCACUACCAACAGGACUUUUGUGGGUGGGGCAUUUGCAUUUAACAUAGAACUCAUCUGAAUGCUGAGAGGAAAACUCAACAUUUCAGUUGGUCCUGAGAUCGUUACAUGACGAAUCUGUGUAAGCUUUAAAUUCUGAUCACUGCCGUGCUUUUAAUGUAAAAGCAAGAUUUGCUGAUUGGCAGUGAUUUUCGUGCCACUGAAACAGGCAAAGAUUGUAUAUUAAUGCGAACCAUGCAAGCGCCACUCGACAACGUCACACUGCAAAACAUAACACUGCCCGUGGAGGACUGGACAAACGCGUAUGCGGCAGUACAAUGGAUACAGUUGAUCAUGGCGAUACUAAGCAUUUGUGGUUCUGGGUCCAUCAUUGUUUACACAACUUUCCAGAAUUUAACUGGAACAAGUGAGGUCCGUCCGCUGCUCUUCCUCAGCCUGGCAGACCUCUUGCUGGCUCUGAGCUGGCUAGUCGGCGCGCUGCUUUUCACACAGCCCCACACGAGUCCCUGUGCCUGCCAAAAUCUGCACACUGUCGAACAGAUCUUCUACAUGUCCUCCUUCUUCUACACCCUGAAUUAUGUGUGGGUGCUGUACAGGGGUCUGAAGGAGAAGUACUGCAGAAGGCUGAAUGGCUUCCCUGCACAGUUCCCUGAGGGUACAAGUUCAUUUGGCAGGAUCACAGUUAUCUUGUCAUGCCUGCUCCCUGUGCUGCUGAUGGUACCAGUGUUUGCUGUGAGCAACUCUGACCAGUGCUUUGCCAACUUCAGUCAGCCUUACAAGUGCCUCCUAAUGCACACGGAAGCACUGUACCCAGCCUCCACAAGCUCCGAGGAGCCCCUGCCUUGCCGCCUCAUUCAUGUCUACACUAUUGCCAUCUUCCUCGCUGCCUUCAUCUUCACGUUUGUGGCCAUCGUGGUGUUCAUGGGAAAGGCUCGCUCCCUCUACUGCCGCUGUAUCAGCUCCAGUGGUUUCUGUGGCAACCAGCAAUGGGCCACGCUCCGCGUCCUUGAGCGGCGAAUGCUCCUGUACCCCUCAGCCUUCUUCUUCUGCUGGGGCCCAGCCAUCUUCCUCGCCGCUGCGAUCCUGUUCAGUCCCAGGCUGCUGGAAGGAGGCGUGGGCGUGUUUCUCUACAUCCUACAGGCUUUCACCUCGGCCUCCCAGGGCCUGCUCAACUGCCUGGUGUACGGCUGGACGCAGCGGCACUUCCGGACACUGAAGAGGCGUGGCAUGCGAGACGUGGACACCCAGACGCCCCUGCUGCGCGCGCAGAAGAAAGGCUACGCCACCACGUCUUCUCGAGUUGGCAACACCUAGAGGCGGCUCCACCGAGCUUAUCGAUGGACACAAGCCUUUUGUCGUGUCUGACAACAGACGAAGGAUCCCCCUUUUAAAACAGCGACGCGAUGUGGCUCUCACACACAUGACUGCUAUCCAGAGGGCUCUGUGUCAAUCCCCAUAUUCCCAUUGGCUCUUCAUGGGCAGCGGACCUGGGGAAUUAAAGAGGGAGGAAGGAAAGAUACAAAUGAGACUGCAGUGACCACUUUAGCCUAAGCCUGUCUCUAACAUUUCUGUCAUACGUCUGCACCUUUAUUUGUAUUGGUAAAAAGUGGAUGCAGGUGACGUGCUGUAUCACCGCUGAGCACGGCAUGUACGCACCCUGCAGUCUGCUGUGCAAACGCAUAUGUGGAUUUAAAGGGUGUUUCAGGCAAACGGUUUGCAUGGCUGUACCACUGCUAAAAGGGGCAGUGCAGUGAGACAAUAAGCACCAGCACGGUCUUCAAGAAACUGUUUCACCACCAUUGCACAGGAGAGGAUAGCCCAGUUCACACUUCCAAGGGGUGUGGCUUUAGUUAUGUAAGCCCCGCUUUAUCACUUUUUUGCCGAAUCAAAUGGCUGGAGCUGAACAAAAGGCCUCAGCUCUUUUCAGAACAACUGUGCCUCUGGGGCAUUUCUGUCUAUCUAAACACACUGCAGCAUUCCUUUUGUUGUGUGGCACUUUGCUUUUCAUUCCAUUGUUUUUCUCAGUCUGGACAAAGAAAACUGGGUCGGUUUUAUUUGUUUUGAUUGGAUACCAGCACAGAACUUUUUGAACUGCUUUUUCUAGUGAAUUCAAAACCCCAAAUGCACUUGAGGUAUGACUGAUUCUGUAUGCAGUCCCUCUUUACAGACAAAUGUCCAUGUGGAUUAUUAUUUAAAGUAUAAUUAA